AUGGCCACUGCCGCUAUUGCAAAACCACCGGCCGUCACUUCCCAACACGACAAUGGCUCGCCUCCUUUCGCGACCACGGUCCGAGAUGUCUCCCCGGGCACAAAGUUGGAUGUUCGCGAGGAAGAAGAGAUGCUGAGGAAGACGAAUGGCUACGUCUCAAGCCCGCUACGGACACAGCAGAGAUUGGCGAGUCUGGACCCGGCGAAGGAGUUGCCGGAUCUGCCGGAGAACGAGGCUUUAGGGCAGGAGGCAGCGGAUGGUAGCUUCCCGUUUCAGUCACAACCUGGUGCUUCGGGCGUGGCGCCUACGAAUCACCUGAUUAGGAGCAACGGGACGCCAGACUCUCCGCCAGUGGCGCGAGAAAGGCCAAAUGGGACGGGCAUGACCACGCCCUCGCAUCGUCGAAGCGUACAGUUUGCUAGAGGCACGGCGGAGGAUGAGGUGGCGCCUUCGCCAUUACAGAAGACGCAAACGUGGGAGACGGAGCCGGACGCAGAUCGCGCGCCCAAUGCCAAGGAACGCGAACGACAGGCUUCGUUCUUCGGCAAGCUCAAGGCACUGGCAUCGCCAUCAGGAUCGUCCUUCCACACGCGCGGUCAGAGCGGCAGUACGGGGUUCGCCACACCCAUGGGCGCAUUGUCACCACAGUCGGAGCGCAGCGAGCCCUCCUAUCCGGUCGAGCCAAGCGAAGCGGCAGAUGCAGACAUUGAGGAGGAAGAAUCUGAGCGCGAAGAAGUGGACGAUCUCCGGCCUAAGAAGCGACGGAAGUCCAAGCGACCACAUCUGAACGGCAACGAUUCUUCUCCGGCUACACCACGACAAUCACGCUUCGCCUCCUUCAUACGCGACCCUCAUCUACACGGAUCGAGUAGUCGUCCGAAUGCUGUACGCCACAACACACUCUCCGAUGUGUCCGACUCGGGUCAGGAGAGAGCGGCUGGUGGAGGUGUGUCCGAGGACGAAGGCAAAGAUCGCAUCCGCAAUGCAUGGAGACGAGGUAUCGAAGGUGCACGUGGUAUUUCGUACUCCGCUCGGAAGCACGCAGAAGUCACAGCCGAGACACCCGGACCACGACCUAGCGCAAUGCGCCGAAUCACGGGUCUCGAUGGAAAUGGUUCACCCUUUCGAAUGCGAGCGGACCGCCAAGCGAGCAGCAGUGCGCAGAAAUGGCGACAGGUAAAAGCAGGUCUGAAGAUGCUCGGACAGCGGAAAAAAGAAGAGAGAAUGCGAGUCGAUCACCAAAAAUCCGCACAACUAAUGGCGGAGCUCCUUGCCGGCGCACCAGCAGCGCUUGUCUUCGCAUCCAUGUACCAGCGCGACGAGCACGGGCACAAGAAGGUCCCGGUCUUGUUGGAACAGCUCAAAAUCAAAAUUCCUCAUUCAGAAAUGCGCAAGGACAACAAAGGCGAUCGCCACCUCAUUUUUCAGGUUGAUUUGGAAUACGGUAAUGGUCCGGCACGGAUGCAGUGGACGGUGCGAAGAUCGUUGCAAGACUUUUUCAAUUUGCAUUUCAAGUACAGGAGUUCUAGUAAAAUUGAUCAGACUUUCAAGGGACGCGGUGGCGAUAGCAAGAGUAAAGCUAAGAUACCGAAGUUCCCGAAAUCGGCAUUCCCCUAUUUGAGAGGUGCGCGUGGGUUGUGGGAUAAGCUGCAAGAUGAGGAAGAUGAGGAGAUGGCGCCGGAGCAGUUGGACGGCGGACAGCGCGAGGUGAGCGGUAGUGGGAAUGAGACUGCGGUCCCUCCCACACCAGGAGCUUCUCAGCGGCCCACGGCUGGUAUGCGGAAACAUACAAGGCGGAAAUCGAGUUAUGCUCCGCCGCGUAGGACGUCGACGGGCGAAUUUGUCUCUGGCGGGAGGGAUGAUACCGCGCAGAGGGAACGGUAUAACGAAUACCAGCGGCGAAGGAUUGAGACCUACUUGCAGCAGAUGAUCAGAUGGUUGAUCUUCCGCGCAGACAGUACGAGGUUGUGCAAGUUCUUGGAACUGAGCGCAUUGGCUGUUCGGCUGAGUGCCGAAGGUGGUUGGCAGGGGAAGCAGGGGCUUCUUACUAUCGCCUCACGCCAACAUCGUGAUUUGAAGAGGAAGGGGAUGGGAAUCGCUAUGGCCGCUACUGGCGGGUUUGCAGAACGCCAUCGACCGAAGUGGUUCCUGGUUCGACAUUCAUAUGUCGUCUGCGUGGAUGGACCAGAGAGCCUGAUACCCUAUGAUUGUUUCCUCGUCGACUCCGACUUCCGCACCGAGAAAAGGGCGAAGACGAUCAUAGAUCAGAAGACUGCUUCCGAGAUGGCCAAAGCUGCCGUCGACAAUACUACAAGCGGGAAACACCACCUCUUGCGCCUCUACAACGCCGAACGCAAGCUCAAACUCGUUGCCCGCAGUGAACGUCAAUACCUCCAGUUCCAAGAAUCCCUGAAUACGAUGAUGGCUAACACACUCUGGUCACAAAAACAACGUUUCGGCUCCUACGCUCCCGUCCGGAAUAACGUCCACGCGCGCUGGCUGGUGGAUGGAAGAGAUCACAUGUGGCAAGUCUCCCGCGCCAUCGACAACGCGCGGGAUUUUGUAUACAUCCAUGACUGGUGGCUCAGUCCGGAAAUUUACAUGCGCCGUCCGGCCGCUAUCAGCCAGAAGUGGAGGCUGGAUAGGUUAUUGAAGAGAAAGGCGGAGCAAGGGGUGAAGAUCUUCGUUAUCGUGUACAGGAAUAUUGAGAGUGCGAUCCCCAUUGAUAGUGAGUAUACUAAGUGGGCGUUGCUGGAUUUGCAUGAGAACAUUGUUGUCCAGAGGAGUCCGAAUCAGUUUCGGCAGAAUCAAUUCUUCUGGGCGCACCACGAGAAGCUUGUCGUGGUGGAUAACAUGAUGGCCUUUGUGGGCGGAGUCGAUCUGUGCUUCGGGCGAUGGGAUGAUCCUUGUCACUCGCUUACGGACGACAAAUUGACUGGAUUCGAGACAGAUCUGCCACACGAUCUCCCAAGAGAUAGCGAACAUUGUCAAGUCUGGCCUGGAAAAGAUUAUUCGAAUCCCAGGGUCCAGGACUUCUAUGCGCUGGAUCGACCGUACGAGGAGAUGUAUGAUCGGACGAAGGUGCCGCGCAUGCCGUGGCACGAUAUCGCUAUGCAGAUUAUUGGUCAACCUGCUCGCGAUGUGGGCAGGCAUUUCGUCCAACGGUGGAACUACAUCUUGCGCAAUCGUGUUCCCAGCAGACCGACCCCGAUCUUGCUUCCCCCGCCUGAGUUCGAGUUCGAAGAGCUGGAGCGUUUGGGAAUGACGGGAACAUGUCAGGUUCAGAUCCUGCGAUCCUGCAGCCCAUGGAGCAUCGGCACGCCGAAUAAAGUGGAGCACUCAAUCAUGAACGCUUACUGCCAUCUCAUUCGCACCUCCGAGCACUUCGUGUACAUUGAAAACCAGUUCUAUAUCUCCUCUUGCGUCGUGGAGGGCACACCUAUUCAUAACCAGAUCGGCAAUGCGCUAGUGGAGAGAGCGAUCAGGGCGCAUGAGGAGGGCGAGAAGUGGCAGGCUUGCCUUGUUAUCCCGCUUAUGCCUGGCUUCCAAAACAGCGUCGACUCUCAAGACGGUACCAGCAUCCGACUCAUCAUGCAGUGUCAAUACAGGUCGAUUUGCAGGGGCGAUAGCUCCGUCUUCGGCAGGCUGAGGGCCAGGGGGAUCGAUCCGGAGGAGUAUAUCAGGUUUUACAGCUUGAGACAAUGGGGUAAGAUCGGUCCUCGUAAGUGUCUCACAACGGAGCAGCUCUACAUCCACGCCAAAUGUAUGGUUGUCGAUGAUCGUACUGUGAUUAUCGGCUCUGCCAACAUCAACGAGAGAUCUAUGUUGGGGUCUAGGGACUCGGAGGUGGCGGCUGUGGUUACGGAUACGAAGAUGUUGCCUUCUUUCAUGGGCGGCGAACCUUACGAAGUCGGCGAAUUUGCGCAUACGCUGAGAAAGAGGUUACAGAGGGAGCAUCUUGGAAUUGAUGUCGACGCUAUCUAUAGGAGAGAGCAGGGGCAGCGAGAGAAGGAACGAGAGGUGCAGGAUCGAGAGAUGGAGAGGAUGUACGGGCCUGCUAAAGGAAAGGAGGAAGAGUGGAACGAUUAUUUUACGGCUGCUCCAGUCUCGCCGGCGACUACGGUGAAGACGAAUAGGGUGGUGCCGGAGGUAGCGCCUGAUGUGACGGUCGUUCCACAGCAGCGGGGUUUCGAGGAUGAUAGUACGACUCUUAUGGAUCACCCGGAUCGGAGUGAUACUAUGAAGGGCGAGAGCAAGAAAGAGAUACAGCGAGAUAUGGAUGUAGAUGGCUAUGGGUUUGAUAACAUGAAGACGUUGGUUGAUGCUGGUGAUGAGGGGCUGACGGACUCGUUCGUCGAUGCCAAAGGCAGGGAGAUCCUGCUGAAGAAGGAAGCGCCGGAUAGUAGACUGGCAAAAGAGUCGGAGCAGCGUGGGGCCAGGGCGCGGAAGGAUGAAGAGCGGGAGGCUAUAUCGAAUAUGCCGAUCCGGCCGCCAUGGCCAACAGAGCGACUUGACACUGUCGCCGCAGGCUUGCUUCCUCGGUCUCAACUCCCCGAUCUACCAGCGCUAGAUGACACAGAUAUCGGCGGUCCACCCCUCGCACAACGUCUCUCCCAAUCCUCGACAACCACUAAAGGCGUUGCACCCUUCGUGCACUCCAUGCGCCGGCCCGAAGUCAACGAAGAUUGCAUGACCGACCCCAUCGUCUCGGGGUUCUACCACGAUAUUUGGAACACUGUCGCCGAAAAUAACACAAAACUCUACCGGCAGGUAUUUCGCUGUAUGCCCGACUCCGAAGUCCUGGACUGGAAAGCCUACGAGCGCUUCAACGAUUACAAUGAGCGAUUCAUGCAGAGUCAGGGUCUUGGAGCAAGUAAAACUAAGACGCCAAAGGAGGCACCGGAUAAGAGUGGGCCCCCUGGUGCGGGACAGGAUGCAGUGAGUGUAGGGACUGCGGCGUCGUUGAUCGAGGUGACUUCGUCGGAGGCUAGGUCGAGAAGUAAGAGUCUGCUUGGGGCUGCGCUUGGGAAGCUGAGGCCGGGCAGUAAGGCUAGUGAUGCUAGUGGGAUUGAGAUGAUGGAGAAGGAGAGGGAUGGGACGAUGAUGCCGGGAAGUCCGGGAAGUGGCGCUAGUUCAGGACCUACGGCUGUGCCGUCGCCGGAGUCGCAGCCCUUGGAUGAGAAGGACGGUGCUAAACAUACAUUGUCCAACGAGAGCAAUGGUGCAGCGGAUGUGCGGAGUGGCAGUUUCGAGAGGAAGAGAACGGUGCAGUAUUCGGAGAACGUGAACAGUGCUCCUGAAACGACGGCUACGCAAUCUGCUCCCGGUGGAGGGCUGCAGCAUAGCUCUUCCCAGAAGAGGAGACGGAGGGCUACGACGAAGAGUUCGAGGACGCCGGCUGUGGAGGAGAUUUUGACGAAGGAUCAAGCGGAGGAGAUUUUGAAAAUGAUUCAGGGGACGUUGGUCUCUUGGCCUUAUGAUUGGCUUGAGAAGGAAGAGAGAGGUGGGAACUGGCUGUACAAUAUCGACCAGCUUGCGCCGCUGGAGAUCUACGAUUAG